UCUCCACCGCCGGCGCCGCCGCCGUCAUCUGUGUCAGCGCCGUGGUCCGGCUGCUCCACACUACGUGGGACUGGAGAAACAGCAAACGCACCCGACCCGAAAACAAGAUGUUUGGUCGUUUGACUCUUCCUCAGAUGAUUUUUGCCGGAGUUCUGGGGGUUGGGGGAGGAAUAUACAUCUACCAACCAAUCUUUGAACAAUAUACCAGGGACCAGAGGGCAUUAAAAGAAAAAUCGCCAACUGCACAAGAACCAGAAGAUAAGAAAAGCUAAGACGCCGCGCAAAACUCACCCGUGAAGGUGCUUGGGAACUUAAGCGUCUGAAAUGACAGGCCUGCCGGAGAUAUCUGAUACCGAGUGGAAUAAAAAAUAACUGGUUUCACCCAA